CUCGCGCCAGAUCUGUGGCUGAAAUUUUAGAAGGAAAAUUCGAUCUCAACUUCUGCCACAAGAGCGGCUCACCAGCUGCCGUUUCGGUCGGUUAAUUUGAUGGGAAAAUCGUCUCACGUUCAAUCGGUUACUUCGGAAGGCCCGGAACCGGCAGAAACGCACGCCAAGGGCAGCGGAGUAGUAAACGAAACGGAAGCGAUCCAGCAAACGCAGCUGUACGCAAUCACAUCGAAUAUCGGCGGGGUCUAGGGCAAGCAACAAGCGCCACAUACGUACGCGGGCCAAACCAAGACCAGCGGUGCGAAAAUGGUGGCGAAGUGUUGUGGCGUUAAAAGUUUGAAAUUAAAUUACGAAAAAGAAAACUCCCGCUUACGAAAAAGGAAUACGGAACCGUGCCCGCAGUGAUCCGUCGGAAUUAAGUGAAAGAUUUGAUGCGAGUGCGAAGAAAAGAGAAAGAGAGGGUGAGUGAGAGAGAGAGUUUGUUGUGUGUACAGUUCGCUGGCUGGUGAUGGUGGAAAGAAGUGUACAUUUGUGUCCAUGGUGAAAGUUUUGGGUGUUAGAGAAUUGUACGGUGAAAUUGAUACUAAGCUGGAAUGCUGUUUGUCUUUUUCGUUGCUCACUUGCGCUGAAACUUAAUUUCAAUCCAAGCGCACGCGAUUGCCAAACUGUGAAAAAGGGCUACUGUUUCGAUCAAGCGGCUUUAGUGGCGAGCUUACCACUGGAAUUUGGUGCGCGGAAUCUGAGUGGUGGAGAAAGGAAGCCGUGCAGCUUUGGAAUUUUGGGUGAGGUUCGAGUCGGUAAUCUCGGUUCAAUUCGAUUCUCUUUAAGUGACACCACGAACCACUCGGGGCUGCAGUUAAAUGCACGAACGGCUUCAGGUGCCAGCUGGUUCCGGCUUCUCGUUGUUGCUGACGUGGCAAAACUUAUAGAAAACGUUUGGGGAUGAAAACAUUGAUCGGAACCGAACACCGACAGCAACAGGAUGCAGCAACAGGAAAAGCGACGCGAGCUGCGUUUGAAACGAUUCUGGCGCACCACCACCAAACCGCCGACGUCCUCCGAGGAGUCCGGCGGCUGCGAAAGUCCUACAAAACUCGGACGAAAGGCGUUCCAGCAACCGUCCGGUCCGGCCAUUGCGGCCAGCAGCAGCAGCAGCGAUAGUCCGCCGAAGCAUCCGACCUGUUCGCUGCCGCUGCUACAGGUGUGGCCCAGCCAGGACUCGCCCCGGGGUGAAGCAGAUGGGCAGAGCUUCGUCUUUCCCAUCGUAGCGGACGAUCAGCAACAGAGCUCCAAUGGCAGGCGGAACUCACUGUUCGUGGAUCAGCUGCAGGCGGGUGACUCCGGUAUCGAUUCCGUGCAGGCGUCACCCUCACCGAUCGCCAUGCCCUGCCAUCCGCUCGUCGUGUCCAAUGCCAUCUCGCCCAGCGCAUCGCCGACGGCCGGUUCGCCCACACCCUCGGUGGACCGGGCGACGCGGCGCCCCUCGACGUCGCUGCUGCACCCGGACCAUGCGCGCAUCUUCGCGCUCCGUGCGCCCGCCUCUCCCGACCAAGUGAGCCUGGCCAGCCUGCCGUUGUUUGACAAUCAUAGGACCUCUUCCACUCCUCCCCAUCCAUUGCAGACUUCGCUCGAGGACAGCACGGAGUUUAACGGGCCCACGACCAGCAAUCAUCUCUGCACCGCCAGCUCCAGCACGACCUCCUCGCUUACCUCGGUAGCCGUUGCGACCCUUGGCCAACACCCGCAGCGGUCCUCCGAUCCCUGGCUACGGCCGGAGCGUGACAAAGACAACCUCGAGCUCGAUCAACGCCGUGCCUCCACGAUGACGGCCCGGCUGUCCCUGUUCGAUGCGCUCGAUCUCGAGUACGCACUGUUGCGGGCGGCGGCCCGCGGUUCGGUCGGACCCUACUCGCUCAGCGAGUCACUGCACAAGCUGACCUUCACGCAGUCGCUCGCUUUCCCGGCGCUGGCCCGCGGACUGGCCACCAAGCGGCGCAACUCCACCGAGCAAAGCUCGUCCCGGCCGCUCAACCCGAACGAGUCGGGCCUGAACACGUUCGCCAAGGUCGUGACCGCCUGCGUCCUGGUGAUGGUGAGCUUUCUCGUGUUUCUGGUAGUGUACAAGUACGUGCGGACGUGAGGGUUGCUCCUGGCCCCGACAGAGGUCGCCACCGUGCAGGCGACCACUACCAUCGCCACGACGUUCCACCAGCACGUCGCGAACAAAACGAUGGUGUCGGGGUUCAGGAAGCUCUUCAACAUUGAAACGUAACGCCAGCCGGUAGUGAUCGGUGGUGCAAUGCGCCCGUUUGAGUGUAUGUGUGUGACUGUAUGCGGUUGUGCGAGAGCAAGAGCGUGUAGUUUGUUCCACUUGUGUGCUGUGCAAUUUCGUCUUAUGUCAGCGGAAUUUCGCGACGCUCGUCCUCAAUGUCCACAAAUCUCUAUCGAGCUCGCUCAUGCGACCUAGUGAUAAUACAAUCACGGGAAAGUAAGUGCAUUCAAAAUGCACCAAAAA